AUGUCAAUGUCAUAAAUUGUUUUCCAGUUUCUGUCUUUGUUUACGAUUAACGUGAAUAAAUUGUGCUUAAAAUUAUUUGUGAACAUUCUUGGACACAUUAAGUUUACUUAUUUAAUUCUUUAACGUAUUAUUUGAAAUACUGUCUUCAAUUUAAACUUACCUCCAAAAGGCAGUAGUUUUAGCCUAAAGGUAUCAAUUUCGUAAAGCACUCAUGGUGUUUUCUUACUUAUUGUUCAAAGUAAUAAUUCUGGUGUUUGUAUCUUUGUGCUGGUUUCAUGCCAUCUAUCUGAGUUGGAGCUUGUCAUCACUCCAAUAUGCCACUCACGGCUGAUGUGGCUGCCCAACAAGUGCAGGAGCGCCUCCGGUCCUUGCACAGAUUAAUUUAUGAUAUUGAAGCGGAACGAGCUCGCAAUGAGCAAUGUAUUGAUUCUAUACUGAGGGCUGAGAAAGCUGUGGAGUCCCCGCCCUCUAAUGAAGACUCCUCCAGUUCUUCUCAGCAGCAAAUGCAGUUGAAGAAUUUAUACAAAGCAGGAUUGUCUGCAGCAGAGCAAGAAGAGAAUCUACUUCGGAAGGCAUUAUCCCGUAUUUAUGAAAUUCGUAGCAUCAAAAAUGAGAGGAGAAUACAGGCUCGGUAUGCAGGCAACAAGGAAACAAUUGGUUGUGGAGCUCUUAUGAAAAUGUUGCUGAGUGCUGCACAGACAUUGCCUCUACACGUGGGACGUGUCGGCGAGCGAGCUCCACCGCUAUGCGGGGCCGUGCCGCCCGACCCUGGACAUGUUGCAAAACCGGGAGACGCUGUCGCCGCACUUGUGAGGGUAUCAGAAAAAGAGGAAAAUUGGAUAUUGGCAGAGGUGGUGAGCUGGCUGCCAGCUCAAGGUAAAUAUGAGGUUGAUGAUAUUGACGAAGAGCAGAAGAAUCGUCACAUCCUCAGCAAGCGACGAGUCGUGCCUCUACCCUUGAUGCGCGCCGACCCACGAGUCGACGAGCACGCUUUGUUUCCUAAGGGCGCAGUCGUGAUGGCGUUGUAUCCACAAACCACUUGCUUCUAUAGAGCCGUGGUCAACAGGCUGCCUGCUAAUGCUGCAGAUCCUUAUGAAGUGCUGUUUGAGGAUUCAUCAUACGCUGACGGCUACUCCCCGCCGGAGCGCGUUGCGCAGCGCUACGUGAUUGCGAUCAAGGAGGGCAAGGGUCGCGCCACCUGACACGGCUCCAGCACUUGUUCGGAGCGACCUCCCUCCAGUCGCUCCGAAGCCACUUCUAGUGACUCAAUGCUGUAGAUUUGUGACACACGCCGUCGUAAUUUAUGGACUAAUGCUAGAAGGCGAAAGAGGAAUUUUUAUUUAAUUUAAAUUAAGUAUGGCGCUUAUGCCACGUUAAAACUGUGUAAUUAUCAAAUUGAGUGAACUUGUGAAUGGACAAUGGACAUUAAAUGUCAGGACAAGCCUGAUACAAUUUAUUUGUAAAUCGUUUUGAUUGCUGUAGAUGUAAGUUGAGUAUUUUCGUGUUUUUAGAAAUAUGCACAAUAUUAAUAAAGAAAUUAAGAUUACUGAAUUAUAGCUAAAAGUUUGUGUAUCUGACUUGCUAAUAAUAGCUCUGCUGAUCUGUGCUAUUUGGGCAAAAUCUAUUGUUGUUGAAUCAUUACUAUAGGCUACUGGUGUGUUAACAUAAUUAAUAUUAUGUUCUAUGUAUAUGUAGUGGGUAAAUAAAACAAUACAUUGGAUACAA